CUACUUUUGUGCAUCACUAUAAAGGUGACAAAAUGAAGAAACAAAGUGAGAAGAAUACCGAAAAUCGUAAGAAGCUUAAAGUCCCACAUGCUGGUGGUAGUAGGAGCAACGCAAGAAGGGGUCGUCUAAUGGAACAACAAUUAGGAAGGCCUGUAUGUCGAAGCGAGGUUAUUUUGUCAACUUUAAUAAAGAAUGAUGGAAAUUAUGUGAACGAAGAAGGAAAAGCAAUAGUUGAGAAGAUUUCAAAGAGCUUAUCUGAAGACAAAGAACGUACCGUCACAAUUGGUGUUUCAUCAAAGAUUAAUGCAUAUACUGAUGAUGCUAUUGGAAAACUAUAUGGUGCUGAGCACUCGGGUCGAGUAUGCGGUUUGGGUUUGGGGGUUUGUCCAACUAUUGCUUUUGGAAAGCGUAGGCAUUUCACAGAUUUUAUUCAAGCUGGUAGCUCUAAUGAAAAGAAUGUUGAAGACUUACAAAAGCAAGUAGAAAGUUUGGGAGAAAAACUAAUUGGAUAUGAAAAGACUAAGGAGCAGCUUACACAGGCUAUAGAGAAGCUUACAAAAACAACUGAGCAACUUACACAACCGGUCAACUUGAACAAACACAAUAUCAUUUGGCAAUUAUGGAAAAGUUCAUGCAACAUAAAUUUGGUGAUGAGUUGUCUAUGUUCAUCAAUAAUGUUCCUCCAUCUUAGUUUUCACUUAUCAAUGUUGCACUCUAGCUUUUCACAAGUACAAUAUAAUUUAUUUUUUGAAGUUAAGUAGUUGGAGUAUUAUAAUUGUUAAUUAGUUUAUCUUUAUGUUGGGGUCAACUUUUGUUAGUUUUUUUUUGUUACAUCAACUUUUGUUAGUUUUUUUCAAUUAUAUAUGGAAUAUUUUGUUUGUUUCAU